CAUGGACAUUUGCCACACAAAGGGACUUCUAUACAAUCAGAAGUAAAAUAUGCAAUGCUAAUUACAACUUUAAGGCUCUAAAUAUUUCCUGGCGGUAUGAGGUCUCCGAACUCUUGUAUUGUAUGCGACGGACUUUUGAAUAUCAAUAGGUAAAGCUACUUAUUCAUUUUUGGAAAUUUGCAUGAAACAUACAGUCCAAACUGAAAAGUUGUUCCCGACAUGACUUGCGGUAUUCGUACCUGUAUUAUGACGUAGGCUAUUCGAAGAACAAGAAGAAUUCGAAACAAGAUGGCGGCAUCACUUCUGAAGGAAAUAUCCAACGACUUUCUCGAGUGUCAGAUCUGCCUGCAACCCUUCCAUGCGCCUAAAAUACUUCCAUGUCUGCACACCUUUUGCAAAGAAUGUCUGGCGGAAUAUACGAAGGCCCACAGUGUCGAAGACGACCAAAUAGAGUGCCCAACCUGCCGAUGCAAGUCACCACUUCCGAGUGGGAACGUUGACGGACUCAAGAACAACUUUUUCGUCGAAAGUUUGAAGGAUACCGUGAACCUUCACAAGACGUUGCAUUCUGAAGGACAAGGAAUCGUCUGCAGCGACCCUUAUUGCGACUCAAAGGGUCCUGCUGCUUCUCGGUGUUUAAACUGUGACGAACUCUUGUGUGACGAGUGUGUAGCAGCUCACUUACGCAUCAAAGUGACUAGAGACCACACAGUCUUAGGGCUGGAUGAGCUGAGGGGAGAGGGACAAGCAUUAAGUGUGCGAAACGGACAGCAGCACACUUGCAGUGAGCACACAGACGAGGUCGUCAAAUUCUUCUGCGAAACUUGCCAGGUACCGAUGUGUCGCCAUUGCGCACUGCUCAAACACAGGGAACAUUCCUUCACACAUCUUAAGGAACACAGUGCCUUGGUGAGGGCUGAAGUGCAAGGUCAAAUCGACAAGGUCAAAUCAAAAACAAUUGUAUACCGCGUCAUACGCUUCAAGCUGCAAAAUCAGAUCGAGGAAGAAAAACAGGCAGAAAAAGUCAUCGACCAACAAAUAGUUGACACAGCCUCCAAGCUGAAGAAGAUCAUCAUUUCGGAAGUAGACAGAGAGAAAGAAUCUCUCCGGGUAGAAAACAGGAAAAUUUCAGCAUUCCGGCAAAAACUGUUAUUGUCAGAAAAAGAUGACGCCGGGAGCAAGCUUGCCUACCUUGGAAGUACCGUAGAGUUUGCAGAAAACCUUUUAUCGUAUGGAAGUGACUACCAGAUCACUGUCGUUGGGUCUGACACCAAGAAACGACUGGAAAUUCUUGAAGCGGAGAGCGUCCCAAGUAUUGGGCAGAUGCCCCCUCGGACCUUCGACGAGAACACUAAGACGCCAUCCUUCACUUUAGGGUCCGUCCAUGGAGACAUUAAGGAAUGCGAACUUAAACUCCCCUGUGGCCACCCUUGCGGAGAUGCACACCUUGUAGGCCGCUGCAAGACGUCCUGUUUGGCUCAGAUCAAACUGAAAUGCGGUCACCUACUGGGCCCGUGUUACGAAGUUGGAAACGUGGAUGUCAACAAGAUAAGCUGUCCUAAAGGCCACCAGAUUUUCGUACAACUUCAGUCUGAAGAGAAAGGCCCCUACACGAUCUCAGUCAACGAUGUGAGCCUGGUUGACUCUGUGGCUUCCAUCAAGAAAAGAUGCCGCGUGAAAGUUGGAAAAGGUAAUGCCGCAUUGAAAUUUGUGUUUGCUGGCAAGACUCUCCGAGAUGACCUAAAACUUGAAGACUACGGAGUCGGCUUCCAGAGCACGAUAUUCCUGAACAUGUAAAUCCACACCAACACAUGAGAUAACAUGUCAACAUGGAAGAGGGAGGUAUUGCUGACCAAAGUACUGGAAACACAAACAGGCAGACAAACAGAUAUGUUAAAAACAAGGGUUCGGAGACCUCAUACCGCCACAAAGUAUUUUAUUUCAUUGAUUAUGCAAAUAAAGCUGUUGUAAGCACGAUCUAAUUCAUU